AUGAGCAACCUCACCUUUAACAUAUCAGACUUUGUGCUGCACUGUAUGAUCACUCCUGAUCAACGGACUUUGGCUAUUGCUUCUCUUAUCUUUAUUUACUUGGCCUCUUUCUUUGGAAACCUGCUGGUGCUACUGGUGAUAAAACUGAAUGAGCAGCUUCAUACUCCAAUGUACAUCUUCAUCAGCACCCUGGCUGUGAUAGACUUGGCCAACAGCACCAUUCUCAUACCAAAAAUGCUGGCAGACAUUCAGUUCGAUUCAUCAGCUGUGCCGUAUUCAGCCUGUAUGCUGCAGAUGUACGUUAUAUUAAAUCUGGAGGAGAUGGAAUCCAUACUUAUGAUAUUUAUGGCCCUUGAUCGUUAUGUGGCAGUUCUGCACCCAUUGCGAUACCCUUCAAUCAUUACCAUGAAGUUUGCUUGGGCAGUAGUUCUACUCUUGCCCGUAAUUACUUUCCUCUUAAACACAUCAUUUGUCAUAUUUGCAUCUGAACUUUCAUUUUGCCAGACAAACAUCCUACCUUAUUGCUACUGUGACUAUGCAACAAUGGUUAGUGUUGCAUGUAACAAAGACCCCAAAUACUUAAGCCUUUUGACCAAUAAUACCACUGUCUUUGGUUUGGUGGCUUUCGCCUUGAUUUUGUUCUCCUACGCUAGGAUCGUUCUUGCUGCACUGAAAAUCCCAUCUGCAGAUGGAAAAAAGAAAGCUUUGAGCACCACUUCCACUCACUUGCUGGUUGUAGGGUUUUUCUAUUUUCCCUUUUUAACAUGUUAUAUUCUUCCUGGAGCAGGUGUCACUUUGUCUGCUGAGGCAUAUAAUACAAUGGUGAUUGUCGGAAAUGUUGUACCACCGAUGCUAAAUCCAGUAAUCUAUAGCUUCAGGAACAAAGAAAUCAAAAAGAGCAUUUUAAAGCUUUUUAUGGGGCGAAAGACAGUAUCAGUAGUUACAACGAGUCAAACGAUGAGCAAAAAUUAA